AUAAUCAAAUAUAAUUUGCAUUCAAGAAAAAUAAAUAAAAAAUAGAAUAAAUUUCUCCCACAAUGGAGAAAUCAAAAAAUUAUUAGCAGUUGAUAUGGAAAUAUAGUGGGCGAAAAAGAAAUUUUCACAUGAUACAUAUGCAUAACCUAAAUUCAAACAAGUCAUUGAAAUUAUUCUAUACCUUGGACAUAAUAUUUAGGUCUUAAUUAACUAUUUUAUGGUUUUUUUUUCAAUAAAUCAUUGACUUAAAAAUUAUAGAUUGCCAAUUUUCUGCACAAAAAAAUUCUUCUUGCAGUCGGUAAUUACUCGGCGGGAAUAGGUUAGGUUUUUUAGAUGUGUGCUCAUAGGUAUUUAUACGUAUAAUCUCAAGUGUCUAUUUUAAUAUGGUGGACCUUCGAUUAUUCAAUAAAACCUUAUGACAUCGAUGAAAACAGUUCACGUGUGUAGAAAUGAUUCAUUUUUUACUAACGAUUAAAUUUAAAAAUAAAGUUAUCAUUAAUAAUACAGACUAACUAACUCAUUGUUUUUCUAAAACAUCUAAUCUGCAAUCAUGGAGGGAUCAACAAUCCCAGAAUGGUCUGAAAUACGUAAUAUUUUUGGUAAUACUGUAGCAGAAUACUUGAAAGAACAGAAUUGUGUUGUACGAAAAUCAAAAACAGGGGCAUUUAUUAUGAGAGAAAAAGACCGCUAUUUAUUUGAUGAUUGUGCUCAUUUGAUAAGAAACUGUAAACGUCUAAAAAAGACUGAUCCCCAAAAUCAACAAGCAUGUAGUACAAAUCCGUUACCUGAGAUAUUAUAUGUUGAUACAAAUAUACGAGACAACCUUUAUCUAUUUGAAAACUUUAGACGAAAUCCUGAUUUUGAAGCAAUCAAUGAAAGUUUCAAUCCAGCUUCACCGAAUUCAAGUCCAUCACGAGAAAAUGUUGAAACGAGUGAUGAUGUUGAUUUAGAUUGUCUAGAUGGAAGUAUUUAUUUAAAACAUAACAAGAUUAAUCAGUUGAGAUCAGAAAUAUUUAGACAUCUAUAUAAAAUAGUAAAAAAUAAAGAUAAAGAAUGUGCACUCAUGUUUAAAGCAAUUGUUGAAUCUUUUAUUCGAAAACAUAGAGCAUUUAAAUACAACGUACUACUGGACAGUUUUCGACAAGAUGAAACAUUGAUAGAUGGUUUAUUGACUAAGAAACAAGUUAUUGAAUUUUUUCAUAAAAUUUUUACUUCUGUGGUACCCAUAUCGUUGUUUGGAGAUCAAACUAAUUUCAAGAAAAUUUACCAUGCUGUUUUUUUUUUCCUUAAAGCUGCUGAAAGAGAAACUUUUUCUAUUAAAUAUGUGUUCAAGAGACUAAAUAGAAAUAAUGUGGUGUGGCUGAGAACAAUCAAAGAUAAAAGAGAAAAAGGAUUAAUUUUGUAUCAUAUAGUGCAAUGGUUUUUUGAAGAGUUUGUAUCUGGUAUUAUAACAGCAUACCUCUACACUGAAAAAGGUAGUGACAGACAAAAGUAUUUUUUUCGACGUUGGAAGAAAAAAUGUGAUAACAAAAUUUACAUUAAUAAACAAGUUCAAAAAAACAUUUUUUUGCCAGUUAAAGUCGUAAACGUAGAUAAUAUUGACGUACCAGUUGCAAAACUAGUAUUUUAUACUAAAAAAGACGGGAUCCGUCCAAUAUUAUCAACCAGGGCGAAUCCUGAGCAAAGAAACGAACGUCAGGUAAUUAAAAGUUUAUUACGUCAAAUAUAUUUGAAGAAUCAUGACAUAAUUAAUUUGAAGAAAAUUCAUCAAGUUUGGAGUGACUUUAAAAAGUCGAGUACCAGUUCAGCAAAUACUCCAGUAUAUUUUGUUUCUUGUGACAUCCUUGAUGCUUAUGGCUCAAUUAUCCAAGAAAAACUUCUAAAAAUUAUCAAUGAUGAACUAGAUAAACUGCCAAGCAAACUAAUUGCUAGAUGGUUCGUAAUUUUAGAUCCCAAUACUUCACCUGUAACUGAAGAAUAUAUAGAUUCUGUAGCUCCUGAAAUUCUACCUGUUACAUUACCACCUGGAAGUUUAUGCUGUUUAGAUAGAAAUGUUGAUCAACUUUGUAAAGUUAUCAAUGUGAAUACAAUUAAACAAAGAUUGGAGGCUUAUAUAUUUAAACAACAUAUAUAUGUAUCUCAAAAAUAUUAUAUCCUAAAACAAGGCGUUGGUCAAGGUCUUCCAAUGUCUGCGUUAUUAUGUGAUUUAUAUUAUGAGAACAUGCUAGAAAAAGAAUUAUCAAAAUUUAAAGAAGAUGGUUAUUUCUUUCGUUAUGUAGAUGAUUUUUUAUAUCUUACAAAGUCUGAAGAUGCUGCAAAGAGAUUUUUAAAAAAGGUAAAUGAAGGUAUAAAAUCGUACAAUUGUGCUUUCAAACAACAAAAAACUCAAACCAAUUUAAUGCCACAUAACAACGAAGAAUUCAUUUAUUUAGGCUAUCGUUUUAAUAUUAAAACCUUUAAUGUUAUUCCUGAAUAUUCAUCCGUACCAGCACGCUACAAUACAGCUAUUUCAAGACCACCUGAUGAUACAUUAAGUGUAUUUAUUCAAAGAAUAUCCAAUUUUGAAGGUCUUAAAUUAUGUCCAUUAAUCAUGGAUUUAUCCAUUAAUUCGAAGGAAGUAAUUCUGAAUAAUAUUAAAAAAGCUUCUGUACUCAAUGCUCAGCGAUGUUUAGCUCUUGUAAUAAAUAUGUUUGAUAUUGAAGAUAUCGAUUAUCCUGAGAUAUUUCGCAUUAUAAGAACUCGUUGUGUUCAAGUAUUAAUAUCAGAGUUUUUAAGAAUGAUGUCUUUUAAUACAGAAAUUAAUGAAAAUUUAAAAAAUCAAGUAAAGGAGCUCGUUUGGUCAUCAUAUUAUGAAGUCUUCAAAGCGAAAAAAUUUAUUAAAAAAUGGUUUCUACGUAAAAUUAAACAGCAAUAUAUAAACUCAGACUUUCUAAUGAAAGGUUAAUUGAUAAAUGAUUUAUAUAAAUUAUAUUUUUUUAAAUAUUAUUUUACAAUAAAUGAUUAUACUGAAAAAAUUUAAAUAUGAU